UUACGCCGCCCGUGCUAUAAAAGAGGAGACGUGGGCAGGAUCUGCCCAUCGGCACAGCCUGGCCGGGCCCGCAGCCGUGGUUAGCGGCCGGGCAGGGCUCCCCUCGCCUCCCCCCCCUUGGAUUAGCUGCCGCCCCGCGAGUGCCAUCGCAGAAGAGCUUGAUGGCAGGAUCUUGCGAGAUCAGCAACAUUUUGUCCAAGUACAACAGCACCAUGUACCAGCAGGAAGAGUCGCAGCUGGCCCUCGACGUGCUGGGACACCCUGGGGACGACGGCGGCCUGGGGCUGAGCUUCCCCCCCAGCCUGCCCCCCGUAGACACCACAGAAACACCAGAGUGGUUCAGUGAGCUCCCGUACUUCUGGACCAAGGUGCAGGUGCUGGAGUGGAUCAGCUACCACGUGGAGAAGAACAAGUACGACGCCAGCAUCAUCGACUUCUCCUGCUGCAACAUGGACGGGCACACGCUCUGCCACUGCAGCCGGGACCAGAUGCGCCACAUCUUCGGGCCCCUGGGGGACGAGCUCUACGACCGCCUGCACGAGAUCACCUCUGACGAGCUGAACUGGAUCAUUGACUUGCUGGAGAAAGAGGAUGCGAAUUCCCAAGAGACCCUCCUGGACACCAGCCACCUGGAGCUGGCAAACCCCUGCGCCAAGGAUUCCCUGGAGGACCUGAAGCCCACGAACCCUUUCCUCUUCACGGACAUCACCUGCUCGCCCGAUGCCUUGUCCCCAGGCAGCUCCGAUGUCUCAGGGCCUGCCAUGUCCCACAGCCCCAACUCCCAGGACUCCGGUGGAAGCGACCUCGACCUCGACCCCGUGGAAGCGAAGCUCUUUCCUGACGACGGCUUUGCUGGGAGCAAGAAAGGGGACGGCAAACACGGCAAGAGGAAACGGGGACGGCCCCGAAAGCUCAGCAAGGAGAACAGAGACUGCCUGGAGGGCCGGAAGAGCAAGCACUCCCCGAGAGGCACCCACCUGUGGGAGUUCAUCCGGGACAUCCUGAUCCACCCGGAGCUGAACGAGGGGCUGAUGAAGUGGGAGGACCGGCGGGAGGGCGUCUUCAAGUUCCUGCGCUCCGAGGCGGUGGCCCAGCUCUGGGGCCAGAAGAAGAAGAACAGCAGCAUGACCUACGAGAAGCUGAGCCGGGCCAUGCGGUAUUACUACAAACGUGAAAUCCUGGAGAGGGUCGACGGGCGCCGGCUGGUGUAUAAGUUUGGGAAGAACUCCAGCGGCUGGAAGGAGGAGGAGGUGCUCAACAGGAACAAGGAGCUGUAGGAGCCCUGGACACGGGGGCCCGUGGAACCCCCCCGGGCCAGCCCCGAGCCUGGCUCCUGGCAGGAAAAUUUGGCAGCUGCUGCCCCACGCAGCCCGUGAAACUCCGACACGCUCGUGUGUGCUGGCGACCGCUGGCACCGAGGUGUUUAAAGCUAAUAUUUUGGCUCCAGUAGGUUAUUGUAAACCAUUAUUUCCCUCGCUGGAUUUGUACCUCCGACUCGGAGAGGCGGCGACUUUGGCUGUUUGAAAGCCUGGACAGGAGAAAAGGGGGGAAAAAAACAAACAAACAAGUCUGAGCCGGCACCGAGUGGGUGCCCUGCUGUCACCCAGCGCCUCGUCGCCGAUCGGACGGGAGCCACCAGCUCUCUCCCCACCGCUGCUCGUGCCGUGAAGGCGCUGCUGGCCUGGCUGCCCGACGCGGGGCGAGCGGGGCCCCCUCUGCAGCAGCGGCAGUGCCUGCCGGGAGAGACGACGGGAGCAAGGCAGAGAGCUCCUCGCGACCCCGCAGAGCCCGCGGAGGGGACGCUCGGGGCACCGGGGCCUGGCCGUGUCACCAGCCCAGCUGCCCGUACCUAGGAACAGGCCGUUUCCCCGAGGGUGGCUUCUAAUUUAUGUAAGAGGAAAAAAAAAAAACAAAACACGGUACGGAGUGAAUGUACAGAUUUAUUUUUUCACGAGGAAGACGUUCCCGCCUGGCAGCGUGCUCCCUGUCCUGCGGUGAUGCUCAGCUGGCCUGAGGCCACGUCCCGGGGGCGCAGACUGGCUCUGUGCCCCGCAGCAGGAGGGGGGACACCAGCCCACCGGGCGCCCGGCAGGGACGAGUGGAUUCCUCCUUUUGAACUCGGGAACAUAAAAGGAAUAAAUUGUUGGUCUGGGUUUUUGUA